AGACCCGAUCUCUUCCCACCCAUUCUCGAUUCCUCUACCGAGAUAUUUUCUCCCCUACCGCUUCUUCUAAAUUCCAUGCUCCCCUCUGUAUCUUUCUCUAUAUAAAUGCUAGAUAUGUAAUUGCUUCAUUUGAUGACCAUCAGAUAUCUUAAACGGUUCCAUUCCACGUGACGGUGUCGCCGGAGGAUGGGAACAGAGCAUCGUAGCGGCCGACCGGGAUCUUAUUACGCCGUGCUGGGCGUCCGUCCGGACGCUCCCGCCACGGAGAUUCGUAGCGCUUAUCGGAAACUCGCGAUGAAAUGGCAUCCGGAUAGAAGAAGGGGGAGGGAGCCAUGGCUGGUAGAGGAGGCCAACAAGAGAUUCCAGCAGAUCCAAGAGGCCUACCAAGUGUUGUCGGAUGGAAAGAGGAGAACAUUGCAUGAUGCAGGCCUUUACGAUCCAGUACAAGACGACGAAGAGGAAGUCGAGGGAUUUCAUGACUUCGUUCAAGAAAUGCUGACGCUCAUGGCCAACGUGAGGAGAGAGGUAAUUUUAUUUAUUUUCAACUUCGUAUAUGUAUACUUUUUCUUGUUCUUUUGGUACAGUAAAUAUUUUGGUUCCGCGGGAGAAGUUCUUGAGGAUGGCCUGGUUACUUCUGACCUCACGGUCUUUGUUGGACGGCAAAUACGAUUUAGAAAGGAAUUCUUUUACAUUUAGCCAUGGAAAAGGAAUAUAAUUUGGAGGAGCUACAGCGUAUGUUGGCCGAGAUGGCACAGGAUUUUGCCACGCUGCCACCGCAGCCGCCUUGGUUCGACGCUGGAGGAGCUUCCAGAAGUUCGAAGAGGUUCCACGAGGACACGGAUCCGACGGACACGAGGAAACGUCGCAUGCACGUGUCGAGCGUGGAGUUGUUCGGGAGCACCGGUUACGGCUGAGGGCUUACUUUUGUGUUGUCUGGUGCCGAGAAAUCGGCGCCCUGCAGGCUGUAGAUAGAAGGAUUUUUGAGACUCGAAGUGAAAGAGUUGAGUUCAGGCUUUGUUUAGCGUUGGUUGCAUCAACUGUUGUGUUGUUUGGAUUGCCUGAGUGUUUGUAUGGUUCUUUGAUUGGUGGUCGGGGUGUGUCAUGCACUCAUGCUACCUCACCACUUACUGAACAGUGCUCUUCCAGCGUUUCAUGGCUGUUCGAUGUUUAGGUCUAACGUGGGCUCUGAGUCCUCUCUUCUCUUAUCUUUGUACACAUGCUGGACUUUCAACUUAAGCAUUUGACUCGUUAGUUUUCAUCAA